AUGGACCUGACGAAUUCUCGAAGCAUGGAGAUUUUGCGGUUCCUAGGGCUCGCGGACCAGUACCGAGCGCUGGAGGGCGCGGUCUCGGCAGAGGAGAAGUUUGAUAGUAUAUUCGUUACGUCCCUGGCGCCUGCUGGGAAGAUGAUUGGGUCGUGGCGGGUGGGCAGUGUGGAAGACCAGAGGAGGGAUAUCAGAAGGGCCAAUGAUGGGAGCCAGCCUGUUGAGCCUGGGCAGAGGUGUUCGCAGAUUGUGUUUGAGAGCUGGAUGAGGACAGUUGCCUUGCAGAGUAAUAUGAUAAGUUUUCAGAGUGAGUGGAAGUUUGUUGGGCUUGUUGAGGAGGGAGACCGAGUGAAGACAAGGUUCGUUGAUCUCCAGGGACGAGAGCAUGUUGUGACUGCAAGGUAUCUUGUUGGUUGUGAUGGGGGUCGGAGUACCGUGAGGAGGGAAGCUAAGAUUCGCAUGGUUGGUGGACAGGUACCCGUCCGUCUUUAUCUCGUCCAUUUCCGCUCCAAACAACUCGCCUCAACCCUCCGUUUCGGGCGCUUCUGGCACGCCUUUCUCGCCACUGGAGGGUUCGUGAUAGACCAAGAUGGGAAGGAUACAUUCACAGCGCACUACCCCCUCUCUGAGGGAGAAAGCAGCCGCACACUUGACCCUCGCGAAGUCAUCCAGCGCGUGCUAGGCGGGUACAACGGACCAUGGCGGAUAACCAUUGACGAGGUUCUAGUGCACAGCGAGUGGCAGCCGAACUUCGGAAUUGCAGAGAAAUAUUGCACGGAUGGCGGGCGGGUGUUUCUAGCCGGCGAUGCAGCGCACAGAAGUCCGCCUCAUGGUGGGUAUGGGCUUAAUAGUGGGAUCGUGGACGCAAUCGAUCUAGGCUGGAGGUUAGCGGCUGUGACGAAGGGGUAUGGAGGGGAGUUACUCCUGAAAGCAUAUGGUAUUGAGAGACGACCGAUGAUGAUGCGGGCGCUGCGGCGGUCUUAUCGGCAUCUCAGGGAGCAUGUUGGGCUUGCAGAGCUGUACCAGAAGAAUUGGGCUGCGUUGGAUAGUGAGUCGGAGGAGGGGAAGGAGGUGAGGCACUUGCUCAAGAACUAUCUGGAUAUUUCUGGACCAGAGACACUGGAUCGUGGGAUUGAACUUGACCUGCGCUAUGAGCAUUCGCCGUGUAUUUGGCCUGACGGGUCGCCGAGUCGCGAUUGGGAUGUGAAGAGGUAUUGUCCGAGUACAUGGCCGGGAAGUCGGGCGCCGCAUGUGUUCCUGAGAGAUGGUGUGACGAGUAUUUAUGAUCUGUUUGGGCGGGAGUGGACACUGGUGCAUUUUGUUGCCGAUUAUGAAGAGGCAGGGGAGGCGAGGACUCUGUUAGAUGUAGCGAAGAGGAUGGGAUUCCCCAUGAAGUACGUUGUGCUCAGGAAUGAAGAACACGCGAGAGAGAUCUGGGAGCGAGAUUUGGUGCUGGUGAGACCAGAUACACACGUUGCGUGGAGAGGAAGCAAAUCCCCUGGGUUGUCGGAAGCUGAACAAGUUCUCGCUGUUGUGUCGGGGAGAAUGAUGCGACCUGGAUUCACUGAACAUUCAACAAAUGAAGAACACUUCGUAUCUACAAAAAGCCAAGCAGCCUCUACAGUGUCUAGAAUAUGUGCUGUAUACAAUAGCCAUCCAAACUGA